AGUGCCACGUACCGCUCUCUCAGUACGACUGUUUUACGAUAAUUUCGAAACUACUCGCAUACUUAAAUUCAUGCGAUGAUUUAACAUUAUUUAUUUAUUUUGUUUAUUUUAAGCUUUCCGUUAUAAUGACUGUUAUUUAUCUAACUUACGUGAGUCAAGUUAUUGUAGAUAGGGGUGUUCUGUGAAAGGCUAAUUCGGCGGUCUUAAAUACAAUCCCAAGAACCGUUACAAUGCCGAUUAUACAAUCUUGUUGCUGUUGGCGAAGCCUUCGUCGAGGAUGCUACGCUUCAGCUGUAUAUACCAUGGUAUACUUUGCUGUGACCAUAGUAACGAUGUGUCACUUCAUCGACGUGGAACACCGCUACCUCUCCGGUCAGAUGACUGAACCGGAGUCGGAGAGCUUUCUGGAACCGGACAAGAUAACACCUAUUACUGUCUCAUUGAACAUCACACUUCUGGCUUGCAGUACUCUGGGUCUAAUAUCGUGUGUACUGCUUAUCGUUGGCGUUUAUAAGGACAUCAAGUUUAUGCUUCUUCCGUGGAUCGUGUCUAUGGGACUGGAAACUCUGGUUGAGUUCAUUAAUGUCUGCUAUCUUUUCUAUUUGCAGACUAGGAGGAUGUCGGAGAUACAGCUUUCAGAGUUCAACUUCAACCCGAUUACAUCGUUUCUCUUCACAUUAGACUUCUUCAUCAUUGCACUUAAUAUCUAUGCACUGGUUUGCGUUAUUUCCCAGUUUCAAGAAUACAUAGACGGACGAGGAACUGCGGCCUUCGAUUAUUCAGACAGAUUGGCCGCUGUGCAGUACACAGCGACGGCUCAGCAAACAACCACCACCAGUUCAGCUCCAAGUGGUCGCCGACGAUCAGCUCCGAGACCGCUGCCGAGCCGCUGCGAUCCAGAAGAGUUCUCUGAAGCACCUACUAGGACCAUCACGUCUGUGCUUUCCAAGCCGAAUCGAUCUGCGGUGAAAAAACAUGUCCAGUUUCCAGACGAGCAAAGCUGUGUCGAGGAUCCAGCUGAAGAUAUCGAAGAUAAUGAAGAAAAAUCUUCUUCCCGAGUGAUCAGCUCGCUGUGGAUGGAGCUGGAAACGGAAGUGCCUCCACCUGAGCGCUGACGUCGACGUAGCGAGCAGUACUACCGGCCAGUGAAUCGCGCGCGCAUUGAGCGUCGCAAGAUGUCUGCCGCUGGUAUACCGCCCGCGCCCGUCGAACAAUCUGACAUACAGGACUCAUCAUUGUAAUCAUUCUUAGGCAUCAAGGAUUGCGAAUGCCGAAAUAUAACUCUUCAGAAGCUAUGGUGACAUACCUUAGAGAAGUUGUAAAUUAAGUUUAUUAAUUAUUAUUUU